GUCGGUCCGCGGGGAAGUCGCAAGAUGGCCGACGUCGCAUGAAAGUAUGGUCCUCUCCUCAACAUGAAGUCGUGAGUGAGAAAGAGAGCGAGGGAGCUUACGUCGGGCGUUUGUUUUUGUUUAUUUUAGUUGUUUUACUUUAUUUUUCCCUUAAUUAUUCAUCUCAUUCCGAAUCGUGGCUUCCCUCGAUUUGUCUCGACUAGUUGACGCGUCAAUCACGCCGGGAUCUUGGCUAACUGGCUAAUUGCGCGAGCUAGUUUGUUAGCCGCAAACUGUAGCUCUCAUAACUGUUACCAGUAAAAGAAAAACGUACUGUAACCAGUGUCAGUUAGGUGUAGUUUUAAUAACAGCGAGCAUGUUGGAUAGCUACUGCGUAGUCAUUGUUUAAAUUGUAAUUAGAUGGGGUGCAUAUAGGAUUUAUUUUGAUGUUAUCAACAUGGUCGACAUUAUAACUGUAGCGUGCGCGCUGUUGUCAUCCAUCGUUACAUUGUAGGCAGUGGUUAUAGUUUUUACGGUGCAACAUUGUAAUUAAUAAAAACGGAUACGUCGUACUUUGGACUAUAACACUGGCACAUCACUGUAACACGUUAAGGAAUGGACACACAUUAUACCUACACGACCAAAUGUAAAAUAUAGCCACACAUAUCUGUAAUUUCACAGGGGUUUUGGCUGGCAGUUGCAUUUGUCGGGACAUUAUUCGGACACACCACAUUGUAGACAUUUCAGUUUUUAGUUAACCAGCUAUUACAUUUUGUCAUUCAGCAGAACAAGCAUUUAUUACAGAACAAAACAAGUCCACACACUUUGACUGAGUAAUCUUCUCAAUAUACGGUUCAGACAUCUCGCGUUUUUAGACAGUCGUGCAAACAACGCACGAUAUGGGAGUUCAAGGCUUUCAAGAGUAUUUGGAGAAACGUUGCCCCGGGGCGGCAGUUCCAGUAGACCUUCUCAAGCUCGCACGAACAGCAGGCCGUCAGCCCCCACAUUAUCAUCACCACCACCAUCCAAGCUCGCUGCCUCCGCCUCCCCCGCCAGCUCGCAUUCUCGUUGACGCAGACUCUGGCCUUCAGCGGCUUUAUGGGGGCUACCAGACCGACUGGGUUUGUGGAGGCGAGUGGAACGCAAUGCUCGGCUAUCUGGCGGCGCUCUCCCAGGCUUGCUUGUAUCAGGGCGGACUGGAGCUGGUGGUGAUUUUUAACGGCACACUUGGGAAGGAUCGCUGGCCGGAGUGGGCGCGGCGGGCGCAGGGGCAGAGGCAAACAGCGCAGCUUAUCGUCAACCACGUCGGCAGCAAGGCCACGCCCCCUCCGCGGGCCUGGUUUUUGCCCCCGGCCUGCCUGAGCCACUGUGUCCGCCUCGCUAUGUUCCGAUUCCGCGUGCGGGUGGUUCAGACCCUUGAGGACCAUCACCAGGAGGUGCUAUCCCUGUACAGAGACUACGGUUUUCAGGGUCUGAUCGCACAGGACUCAGAGUUUGCGCUAUGCAACGUCCCAGCCUAUUUCAGCUCACAUGCUCUCAAGCUCUCCUGGAAUGGCAAGAAUCUUACCACUCACCAGUACCUGCUAACAGAGGCUGCUCGCCAACUUGGCCUCAAGACCCAGCACUUGCCCAUCUUUGCUGCUCUACUCGGUAACCACAUUCUGCCAGAUGAAGACUUGGCUGCCUUUCAUUGGAGUCUUCUGGGGCCAGAACACCCUCUAGCCUCACUCAAGGUAAGGGCUCAUCAGUUAGUUCUCCCACCCUGUGAGGUUGUCAUCAAGGCUGUAUCUGAGUAUGUGGCGUCUAUCAAAGAUCUUGGGAAUUUGGAUUUGGUGGCCAAGGAUGUUUUUAAGCAGUCACAGUCUCGAACUGAAGACAAAGUUGAAAGGUUUAAGAAGGCAGUGGAGUAUUUUUCAGUGGCCAGUAAGCCAAGACCUCUUUCCAUGGGACCUUCCCCUUACCUCUUUCCAGGCUUUGGGCCUAGUCAGUUUAGUGGACCUCCAGGCCACAUGGGGGCAGUGCCGCCUGGCAAAGCUCAGUUUGGUCCACCCCAGGUGUCAGGUGUUAAGGUGCCUUAUCCAGGUGGGCUCUAUGGAUCCAGCCCUGCCAUUGGUCCUGCCCAUUUAUGCCAGAACCCCACACAGCCUCUACAGGACUGUAAUGAUUCACUAGUUGGGAAAAUGGGCUUUGCUGAUUGGUCUGCCCCGUAUGAUUCCUCUCAAGGUGGCAACCGACAGCCUAAUCAUCACUCCGCUGCUCCCACAGGCCCAUCCCCUUCAUCGUCAUCAUCUUCAGAUGGGGAAGAGCAAAAUGACACGAGCACUAAUCAUUUGGCUGACAAGUCUUCGAGAUGGGAAGAUCCCAGUGGACGGGGAGGUGGGGCCUCUGGGGACGGUCACCACGGUAAUGGAAGUGGCCCUUCUAUCCCGUCAUUGCUGUCCAUGCCAACACGGAGUCACAUGGACAUCACAACGCCACCCCUUCCACAGGUCAGUGCUGAGGUGCUGAGAGUGGCAGAGCACAGACACAGAAGAGGACUCAUGUACCCACAGAUCUACCACAUCCUGACCAAGGGGGAGACGAAGAUGCCCGUGUGUAUAGAGGACGAGUGCAACCCAGACCUGCCACCUGCCUCGCUACUUUUCCGUUCUGCCCGCCAAUAUGCCUACGGGGUGCUGUUCAGCUUGGCUGAGACCCAGCGGAGGUUGGAGAGAUUGGCCAUGCGCAGACGCAGUCCAGUUGACGUGCCCCCAGUGAUUGUAAAGGAGUGGUGUGCCAGUAAAGCUAAAUCUGCCCUGACUCCAGAGCUCGUCCCAGCCCUGUGUUUCCGCGAGUGGACGUGUCCCAACCUGAGGCGGUUGUGGCUGGGCAGAGCCUCAGAGGACCGUAGCCGCCGCACUCGAGCGUUCCUGGCAUGCAUGCGCUCUGACUGCCCUGCCCUUCUCAACCCGGCUUGUGUGCCGUCUCACCUGCUGCUCAUGUGCUGUGUGCUCAGGUAUAUGAUGCAGUGGCCGGGAGGCCGCAUUCUUCAGCGCCAUGAGCUUGAUGCCUUUUUGGCUCAAGCUGUGUCCAACCAGCUCUAUGAGCCCGACCAACUUCAGGAACUCAAGGAAAGUCAUGUGGAGAAGGUGGAUAACCGUGGGGUACAGCUGGCCUCUCUGUUCAUGAGCGGUGUGGACACUGCCUUGUUUGUGAAUGAUGUAUGCGGACAGCCCCUGCCAUGGGACCACUGCUGCCCUUGGGGCUUCUUUGAUGGAAAGUUGUUCCAGAGCAAGCUAGCUAAAGCCACCAGAGACAGAGCCUCCUUACUUGACAUGUGUGAAGGCCAGGAGGAACUGGUUUCAAGGGUGGAGAAGAUGCGCCAAGCCAUUCUGGAAAGCAUCAACCUCUCCCGACCGCCUCCCCCUCCUCCACCACUGCCACCCCCUGCAUUCCUUCCCCCUGCCAUGGUGCCUCCUUUUUACCCCAUGCAUCAUCUGUACCCUCCUCGACCCCUGGGCUCCAUGCCACCACCACAUCAUCACCCCCAGCACCGGCCCAGGGCCUUCCCAGGAAUCCAGUCUAUACCUCCCCAGGGUGGCAAGUUGGAAAUAGCUGGCAUGGUUGUUGGUCAGUGGGCUGGGAACAAGCCACUGCGUGGCAGAGGGGGAUUUAAUAUGCAGGUGGUGUCAGUAGGAGGGAGAGGAAGGGGUAAAGAGCUGGCAUCAAAAGGAAGGGGAGGGAAGAAAAUGACCACAAACAAAACACAGACACUUUCGUCAUCACCUCCCUCCUCAAGCCCCCCAAAGCUCAGCGAGGAUCCAAAAGCUGUGGGGCGACCUGCUGGACCCCCGGAGGGAACAGGGACUGUAUCGCAGCAGCUGAACGGCAGCUCUUCAGGAAGCGCCACUGAUCAAGCCCUUGACCUGCCACCACUGGCCCAGCCAAUCCAGUGUGCCUUAGCCAGCAGAGACAACCAGUCAGGAGAUGGCGUGGAGGUAGAGGCCCCUUGUUGCCUUGACGACUGCCCGUCAGAUGGUGCACUACAGAAAGAGGAGUAAUUACAUCCCAUAACGUAAUGAGAGCGUGAGAGGGAAUGAUCUAAGGUUGACUGCCUUUUCCUUGCUAAAUUAAAUAUGUAGGGCACAGUAGCCACUUUGUGUUAUCAUGAUAUAAUGUAAGAUGCAACACAUGCUGGAAACAACAGGUGGACAGUGACAGGAAUUUGGUCCGUGUCACCUUACGAGCCGGUUCUGGUUUCAAACUUAGAAAGUUUAAAUCAUAACCCUCGACUGCACAUCGCCCUGAAUCUUCAGAUUCUGGACCAUUUUUUUCCACUGGCCAAUCGGUGUUGUAGCAUAGUGAAAAGCUCUUUUAUUUCAGUGUCAUUUUGUUUUUAGAGCCAUGGUAUAUCAGUGGUGUCUGUGAUAUAUCUAUGAUUGCCUAAAAUGGCUACGAAAGGCCCUUAUUGCCCAAAGUAUAUUUUAAAAUAUCUACUCGGAACACUGUUGCACCGUGUUAAGUAGCACAGCAGCACCCUGCUCUAAAGUUUCUACCACACAGCAAAGAAUUACACUAUAACCCUUACUGCAGUGCACCACAGACAACACUGCCCUGAAUACAGUAGAAGAAUGAAAACUGAUGGAAAACACGGGUUGUUAUUUGUAUGUCACAGUGUGCAUUCACAGACACAUGGUAGUUCCUUUUUUUUUUGGUGGCCAUUUCUGACGAAGUUGCCAUUGUCUUAUACACAGGCAGUGAAAGGUUUCUAAAGACGCCUCUAAGCGUUUCUUAGAGGCAUCUUUAAGUGAGAAUGAGCAAGAACAAUUGAACGUCCGAGAGAGUCGUACAGGUUGCACUUAGCAUUGCGUAGCUCAACUCUUGAUUUAUUUCACAUAGAUUUGUGGUGAUCUUGUGAGCCCACAUCCCCUUUAGGGAUAGUAAACACAGCACUUCGACUUGAUCCUAACUAAAGACUUAUAAAUAAAAUAUUUAAAGCACCUUAAGGUUAUAGAUAUGCAAGCUCCUCUCAAUAAUGAGGAAGAAAUGCCCCUAAAAAUGGAUUGUAUUCUAACAUAAAGCACUUAAAAUAUUAUUUAUCAUAAGACAGUACUGCCCUAUAUAGUAGCUUGAUCAAUUUUACCGAGCUUUUGACAGUUUAACUGUCCAUAUGAGCUUUUACCUUGCGUGUUGUUUACCAGUAUGAUGUACAAAUUGGCACCAACCCAUCUGAAUGUGAGAACUGAGUGCGUUGUACCUGCACUUUGUUUUAAAAACGAAAACACACUGGGUUGUCCUCGAACCAGGAUAAAGAAAAAUCGAGGCUUCUGCUAGAGUUAGGGAGGAGGCGAUACAGUGUGUUCAGAGUGAACCAUGAUACUGUUCGACAUCCCAGCUGAUUGUAUAUAGACCCAAAUGUACAUGAUCCUGUUAGGCAAUGAUGUGAUUUAGAGAAGUGAUUUUAUCAGUGGUCGAGAAUGCACACAGUCCCUCAGACAGUCUUUAAAAAUCUGCCGUUUGACAUUGCUCAGCUUCACUAUGCUUUCUGGUGAAAUGUUUGAUUUCGAUUUGAGUUCUCUUCUCAGCGGUUCGGUUCUUCUGGCCCUCUUGUCGAUCACGUCUUCUCUGUGCCUUGUGCAUGUGUACCAUGUGGAUGUUUCGUGUGCAUGUGCAUUCUCCCACCAUCGCUAAAAUCAUCGAAAUUUUCGUCACAUUCAGAAUAAUUGAAAGUAAUUACUGAACGAACCGUAGGAUCACCUUCUAUUGUGACAGUCAUUUAAAAAAGUCAGUGCUUCUCCAGACCGUUUGUGACAAUAAUCUCUUCGUCUAGUCUCGUUUUUGUGACUCCUAUAAACUUCUUUUGUGACUGUCCUAACACAUUUCUGUGUUACAGAAGGAUAUUCUAAUGAGGCAAAUAGGCUUUUUAAAAUCAAAGCAAAUUGAAGCAUCCUGAAGGUUAAAGCCCCACUUGCUAUUAGAUUGACCAUUUUGCAUCAGAUGGUUAGGAAAGUUAUUAAACUUACAUUUAACGUUUGAAUUCAUGUUUCAGUGAUUUGUUGGAAUGAACUUUAAAUGAGUUAGAGUAACUAAUACACUUGAGAGGUUAUUACAUAUUGUCGUCAUAGUUUUAAAUCUGUAUAAUUGACAAUGUCAAGAUUACAUCACAGCUUUCUAUGAAGUCAUAAGAUGCACCUUAUUUUGUUAAGAUAAGAAGUUAAUAAAUAUAAUUAUAUUUAGUGCCACUAAAAUAUAUUGAAAGCUCUUUAAAUCAGAUUAUGAAAGACACCCAUUAUAGCUUAUGUCUUUAUGUAUAUUCUGCAAAUGUUCACUUUUGGAAACCUAGACAAUGUGCUAUCAAACCACAGUUCAUCAGAAAUAUUGUAUCGAGCAUGCAAUAUUGAAUUGCAUGAAUGUGUGACAAAAUGAGUUUAAAAUUCAUAUUUCCAAAAGGAUAGUGAGAUGUCGAUGUCAGAAUAUGUGGACAUACCGGACAGACUUAAAAUAAUCUUGACGGUAACACAACAGGUAGUGUUCUUGAAUUUAUAUGGUACACCGUCACUCACAUUAGAACACCUUAAAUUUAGGUCAUCGCCUAUUAUUACAAGUAUUGUACAAUAGUGCUAGUUUUCAAGAGAGGAUCUCCUGCAUGUAAUGGUGUAAAUCGACAUGCAUACAGAAACAUACCCAUUAAUGUUAACACAUUAAAGUUUCAAGAUAGAUCCUUUUAAAAAACAUUCAGUCCUCUACUGUCUGUGAUUUUAAAACAGUUUCACUUUUUUCAGUGUGUUUAUUGUCAUAGAAUAUCAGUAGCUCCUUCACAUUUAGUUUUAAGUGUAAUCCAAUAAACAGCAUAAACCGAAAUAUACAGACACACCAAAUAAGAUAUAAUCUCUCUCUCUCUCCUGCACAAUAUCUCUGUUAUAUCUGUAGGUAGACAUCAGUUAGUUUGAGGGAGUAACUAUAGUAUACUCAGAUUAUGUAUUGUCCAGAGUGUUAAUUUCUUGUCUUGAAUUAUUUGGAUACUUAAUUUGUCGGCCGCUUGGUUCCAAAGUUACCCUCUUCAAAGCUUCAUUGCUUUGUUCUAGAUUGCUGCUUAAACUGUCAUUCAUUUGUCAUUUAUCAAGAAGCUUAUGUAAGAGUAAAAAAAUAAAUAAACCAGCAACAGAUACAUGUGGGUAACAUUUAUGUUGAAUGAGAGAAAGAUCUGGAGAUUUGUAAGGUCUUUUAGAGGGCCAUUGUUUUGCUUCAGAUGUUGGGCCCUGUCUUGAUAAAUUUGACAACACUUUACUUACUUUAUUUCACUUUUCCACUGUUGUCCUGGACUACGGACAUUUAUUAAGUUGUAAUGUUGAACCAUUUCUGUACUCUUAAUUUAGUAAUAUCUUCCUCUUCACACCUAACCUGUCUCUGUUUAUUCUUGUAUUCAUAUAUAUUUUUGGUCUUGUUACCCCUGCAGCAGCUCCCCUUACCUCCUCCUAUGAACAGUGAGAGAUUUUAACUUGUAUAAUUAGUCUAAUAUUCUGUCUGUUAGUAAUCUUAGACAAGAGUUGGUAACAUUCUCAACAGUGAACCAAGAAAUGUACUUACCAUCUUUGGUAUCAUUCAGUUGUGAAAUUUUUACUUUUUAAUGUUAUUACAACUGCUACUCCUUUGACCGUUGCUACAUUUAGUAUUAAAAUUUGCUUAGCAGAACUAGAUAUUUUUUAACUGUAAUGAUUGAGAUUUUCCUCACCUGUAUUUUGUAUGGUAUUGUUUCAAGCCACUUCACCAUUAUGAUGUAAUUGUCACCACUUCACCGUUAUGAAUUUUUUCCAUACUAAUUUGAAAUUCGAAUGCCAAGUAAUUUUAAGCAAACGUUACUCUGUUUUCCUGUACAAAACCGACUUUUGUUUGUGCAACUGGUUAAUUUUUAACUAAAGUAAAUUUUCGGAAGCUCCAUUUCCAAUUUAGUCUCUUUGUAGAUCUCGCAUACAUAAUAUGCAGUUACACGGUUUCAGUAAAUUGAUAUAUUAAAUUACAUAUAAUGUCCGUAAUUGGAUAAAAUGAAAGAAAAUGUGAUGUUCACAUCAUCUUGGUGAAUUGCGGCUAAAUCUUGUAUUGUCCAGUUUCACUGCUAAAAUGAAGGUUUGUUUUGUCCUCUGAAGCUUGGACACAGCUUUUGAUAUUGAUUAACCCUAGAACACUUCAUUAACUCCCAUGUACAUGUAUUGUCUGUCUGAAAUAUGUAGCUUCAAUGGUAGUCAUCGAUAGGUUAAGUGUGAACACAUACUGUAACCAUAAACACAAACAAACGCUAUUUUGGUAAAGAGUUUUGCCUGUGCAUUCCUGUAGAUUUGUGUCUGGACCUCAGAUCUGACUCUUGCUUUAUAACUGUUACCCCCGUAUCCUGGCUGUGUAACCCUUCACUCCACAGGACCACAUGUGUGCUCUUAAAUGAUGCUGACAGGUUUCAAUCCUCGUCUGAUAACAGCAGUGUGUUGUGUACAGUGGCCCAAUGACAUCCUACACUUUGUUUUUCUCUGGUUCCCCACUGCCGUGUAGCAUGUGGCCUCCCUUAGCCCCACGACAGUCAAGUCAGCCAGUCCAUUUGUAGGCAACACAUUCUGAUGUCUAUUCUUGGGAAACUGAUCCGUUCAUCAACACAAACCGCAUUGAUGCAUGCAUCAAGAUCUCCGAAAAACUUGUGAAGUGAAGGGUAAAGUUCAUUAUUAUUAUUGCUGUUAUGGUUAUGAUCGUUAUUAACAAUUUCUCAUUUUUAGUAUAAAGAAAGCACCUGAUUGUUUGGAAAGAAACUUUCUUUUUAAUUUGUCUUGCUGUUGUGGUCUGAUUUCACAUUGGAUUGGGGGAAAGCCAAAAGGCUCAAGAGAGAGAGAGUCAAAGUCGGCAGUCAUGUUUGUAUGGUUGGGAAAUGACUUCAGUGCUGAAAUAAAAUUUAUUCUUUUAGUAAAA